CGAUGAAAUGGAGUCAAAGUUCUUUUGUUUCUUUUUUUUGUGUGAAACCUGACAUUGAUUUAAUCCUUGAUGAAGAAACACCAUGGUAGGAUUUAAGAAUAGGUACUUGAUAAUGGGGGUUUUUCUGGACCCAAACAAAGAAUUUUCGGUGGAUGAACCUAUUAGGAUCACUUCUAAGAAUUUAUGGGAAGCAAUUGUAAAAAGCAUUCUUGUGAACUUUGGGGAAUGUGGUCUAGCGUCGGCCACAAAUUCUUCUAAAGUGAAGUAUGUGAAUCCAACUACAAAACAUGUCAUCGUGAGAACUUCAAGAGAGGACUACCAGAAAGUUUGGGCUGCAAUUACAAUGAUUAAAAGUGUGGGGCAUUGUGCUGUGGUUUUCAACCUCCUUGACCUUAUCUCUAAGUCUUACUUGUUUGUUUUUUUCAAAUACCAACCAGCCUUUUGCUCUGGAAGCAUCAAGGCCUGCAAAACUGCUGCUCUGAAGCUCGAGGAGUUGAAAUUUGAACAGUACAAGUUAUCAGCCGGUGACCGCCUCACAGCCGAUGCUCAUAAGGAGAUGCAAAACUGCCUUGCGACUCUCGAACUCUUGGAACAUUAGUACUAAAUUUAUGCUUAGAUAGAUGCGAGGCUAAUUAGUAGACAACUGAUAGAUUAUUUCCUUCUUUGUUGACCAUAUUUCAGUGUAUUAGUGGAAUUUUUAAUACUCCAUUAAUGGAAAAAUAUUUCGUAACUAAACUGCAUAUAAUGUUUCACGCGGAAUGGUUGUUUGUGAAAUCAAUGACCUCCUUUUAGAUAUAGUAAUUCUUUUCUGUAAUCCAUAUUCUUGAAACUAAUUGCCUCCUGUGGCUGUGUAGGUGAAAUGUUUGGCAUUGUUAUACAAGAUUCUGUUUCAGAUUCUGUUUCAACAGUCAAUACUUUAACUAGACAGGAGCUAGAGUUUCACCAAAGUGGAAAACAUCUGUGGAAUCGAACUGAACAGAAUCUUCCUGAUAGAAUGGCUGGUUUGUCAAAUCAACGAUCUCCUUGGAUCUCUUGUCGAGAAAACUGUACAAGGUAAUCUUUCCAGGGACAUGAGUGAGCAUAGUGCAACUCUGCCCUUCCUCUCCCUUUAUGUAGCUUAAUAUGCGAGACUUUCCCGGAAGCUGCCCAACUUCAUCAUGAUACUUCAGUAGCCACUGAGAAUAAUCUUCCUGCAGUUCAUAAACUGCUAUUGAUGUGUCGCCAAGGUGCGACACUAUGAUGAAAUGAUAGAGAAGACCGUUUGAUUCUUGGAGUUGGCAGUGAGAAGCCGCCCCUCCUCCACCUCCAUGCCAUGGAACUUGAGCAUGAGUGUACUCCAGUAGAGAAGUUUGCUCCUGUAGGAGCUGUAAGCUGCUCCAAGCACACCCUCCAAGUGAGGCUCUGAGAGUUGAAAACCUCAAUCCGACAAUGUCUCUCACGAGCAGAAGGGGCCUUCAUUUUAGCCCUG